AUGUCGCACACGGAUGACAACAGUGCUCUCUAUGAUUAUAUUGUUAUUGGUGGUGGGACAAGUGGUGCUGUUUUGGCUCGUCGUUUAGCUGAAGCCAAAGAAAACUAUGAUGUUUGCCUUCUUGAAGCAGGUCCAAGUGAAGAAGCCGUAUUCGAUAGUCAAAUACCUGGUCGGAAUUUCGCAAUGAUGAAAUCUAAAUAUGACUGGGGCUAUGAUACUAUACCUCAAAAAGGAUGUGGUGAUAGGAUCUUAAUUGCCCCAAGAGGUCGACUUCUUGGUGGAUCCAGUGCAAUGAAUGGCACGUUAGUGUGUCGAGGUGCAAAGGCGGAUUAUGAUCGAAUUGCUGAUUUAGGCAAUCCCGGUUGGAAUUGGAACGAUAUGUUGCCUUUCUUCAAAAUAUCAGAAACAUUUCAUCCAGCUGACUGGUAUCAAGCGGAUAUGUCCGUUCAUGGUACCAAUGGACCUUUACAUACUGAACCAUAUUUUGGUGCGCCAAUUUCCGAGAAGGUUCUUCAAUCGUUUAUCGAUCAAGGUUAUGAAUAUAAACCAGAUAUGUUUGCACAAGGCGAAUUUGAAGGUGUUGGUCAUGCGACCCGAACGAUUCAUGAUGGCAAACGAACUACAAGUGCCGAUUUUCUUCAUAGGUCUGAAAAAGCAAAUCUCAACAUUCGAACACAGAUCUUUGUCGAUCGAAUUAUCUUGGAGCAAAUCAGUAAUACAGAACAUCAACCUUCGUAUAAAGCUAUUGCUGUCGAAUCUCAUGACGAUGUCACUGGUGAAUCGUUUAUUUUUAAAGCAAGGAAAGAAAUUAUCCUCAGUGCCGGUGCUUAUAAUUCUCCGAUGGUGUUAAUGCAUUCCGGUAUUGGUUGUAAGAAGCAUCUUGAUGAAGUGAAUAUCGAGUGUAAGGUGAACUUACCUGGUGUUGGUAACAAUCUUCUCGAUCAUCCAAUCGUGUAUACUUCGUAUGAACUUUGCGACCCAAGUCUCACAUUUGAUCAAUAUGUGUUUCAUAAUGCUGAUCGUCUGGAUUACUAUAUCAGAGAAUGGCAUGAAAAGAAAAGCAAUUAUCUGGGCAAAUUUCCUUUCGGUCCAUUUGCUUUAACGCGAAUUGACAAAACAAUUCAAGAUCCGGUUUGGGAACACGCGAAAUCUUUGUGUGAGAAUAAUAAACAAUCGAUUAUCGAUCCGAGUGGACAGUUGCCGAAUCAACCACACAUCGAAAUGUGGAGUACGGAACAAUACUUCGGUGCACUUCGUCCUCAACAUACAGAGGAAAAUCCUAUUUAUCCAAAGAAGGAUGAAGCUGCUUUUACAUUAAUAACUCUUCUCUGUGGAGCACUACAGAGAGGUACUGUACGACUUGCAUCAAAUCGACCAACUGACAAACCGGUUAUUGAUCAUGCUCAUCUUUCAAACGAAAUCGAUCUUGCUGUGCUUACUGAAGGAUGUCGAUUAGCUCAUGAAGUAUUGAUGAAUGGUUCCGGAACAAAGGACAUCAUUUGUGGUCCAUGGCCGAAAAGUACAUCUUUUCCAAAUGAUACUGCUGGUUGGAAAGAACACGUGAGAGCAAACUCGGGAAGUUGUUUUCAUCCUGGUGGUACUUGUAAAAUGGCACCUGCUGAUGAUCCCAUGGGUGUUGUCGAUCAUCGUCUUCGUGUUCGACAUGUGAAAAAUCUGAGAAUCGCUGAUGUGUCCAUCCUGCCUUUGCUCAACAGUGGACACACUCAAGCACCUGCUUAUGCCAUCGGCGAAAAAGCUGCUCAUAUGAUUCUGCAAGAUGCAAACACUUGA